CUGUUUCUUGAUGAGGCGGGAGCAUUAACUUCGCUUUCCCAAGAGUCUGAAUUCGCUUUGUUGCUUACCUUGUACUCAUUCACCUAUGAAGCUCAUGAAGAAAUCAAGUUGACCAAUGUCUUGUCUAAAGCCAGGACUCGGCUAUUUGCCGAUGUUUUGGUCUCUCUUCGCAGGAAUUGCACUGGCCAUUUGCUACACAAUCGCCACUUCUAGAGGCCAUAUUUAUCCUUACGUUCCUGCCAUAAGUGACACAGGUCUGAAGAUCCCAGAGAAUGCUUUAUUCUCUGAAAGCUUCAACUUCAUUGCUUACUCAGUCUUGGUGCUAAUGGUGAUUCGCUAUUUCCAAGUUCGGGAGAUUCUAGCGACAGGAACAGUCGAAGAACUCAAAGGAAAUACACUUCAGAAACUAAAUCAAGGUUCUAUAGUCCUAGGAUCUUUGAGCGCAUUCGGCGCUACUCUGGUGGGGAAUUUUAAAUCAGAAAGGGAACAUCAUGCUAUGAUGGUAGUUCAUGAUAUUGGAAGUAUAUGCUUGUUUUCUGGAGGUACGUUUUAUUUCUGGGCCCAGACGAUCAUCACUUAUAACUUCGCCAAGGCUGGUUACAAUACCAUGUGUAUGUUUGGCGUACGUUUAUUCUUGACUAUCCUUACCUCCAUCUGUGGCUUGACGUUCUUCCUGGCCGAGAUCCCUGCCUACAAGGCGUUCAUCAGAAGCGGUACCAAAAACAGCAUCCAGCAAUGGAAACCCGAGAAUGCUGGCUACGCUCUCCAUGUUCUCAGUAAUGUUUGUGAAUGGGUUGGUACGUCUUGCUUCGCCAUCUUGGUGUCCACGUUCUUCAAAGAAUUUCAGAAAAUUUCUCUUAGUGUUCAUUGUAGUUUAGAUGGAUAUAGUAGUCUAUCUGUAGAGAAAUAUUCAACAUUUGGGCGCAUCAAUAGUGAAACUGGGGACGACAGUGAUCAGUAGUGUUCAAGAAAACACGGUCUUGUUUGGUAGAAGGUAGCAAGAAAGACUCAACCAAAAACACUGAAUAAUCAGAUUUGAUAUCACUAAAAAUAAUCACUUUCUAUUUAGGUCAUGUCAUAGAUCCUUGUGGUUCUUUUGGUAUGACUCCUGUUAAUUACGUCAUAUUCCUACAUGCUUACAAAGAAAACACUAUAAUAUAUUUAAUACGUUUAUUUCAUCUCUUGGUAAAAGUCUCUCAAUCUACCUUCUUCCAAUUGAGGACACAUUUAGUUUUAAUUUUCACUUAUUCCCAGGGUUUCAAUGACAUGUUUUCGUGUUAGUCAUUUUUGUUCAAUAUGACAAUGGCGUCGAGAGAGAGAUAUUUCUUUGGUCUAAUACUCUCAUAUCAUGUCGGAAUAAUCAAUAGAUAUUAAUACUAUAAAUAUUAUCCUAAUACAAGUUAUUGGGUCUCGAAGCAUUCUAUAGGAUAAUAGUAUUCUAAACGUUAUUUUUAUGGUAUUUAAUAAAAGGGAUUAAAGCGAGUGGAAUAUCGUAAGGGGAUUACCGUACUUGUUAACUGUCGUUUAUUGUCAUUUGAAGGGUAGCAAUUCCUUCGUCUUUGUACAGAUCUGAAUGUCAUAUUUAUUUUUGCCUAUUUUUACUGGUUGUAUGAAUAAAUAUGAAUAAAGGUGAAGGCUGAA